GCUCACUCUACCCACCAACUUCUGCACAUAAUCUAAAGUUCACAAGAACUCUAGAUUAACAUUCAUUUUCACGUUUUCAAAAGAAACGAAAAAGUUUUAAAAUUUGUAACAAAGUCUAUUCACCCCCCCCUCUAGACUUUGUAUCUCACCACUUCGGGACCACCAAAAGGCGACCAGAGGAAUGCCCGGGAGUGCUAUGCCCGAGCAGUCAAGAAGAUGACCAAGGGGGUCAAUGUCAUCUCCCAAGAGAUCAUAAAGGGAGAGACCCAUAAGAAAUUGGAGCCCGAGGCCGAGAUGGUGGAAAUCGAACUUCACCCGGGUGAUUCUUCGAGGAUGGUCAGAAUUGGAGCAAAUCUCCCCGAGGAUCUCAAGGCAGAGAUUACAUGGGUCCUCCAAGAAUACGCAGGCAUAUUUGCAUGGAGCGUGGCGGAUAUGCCCGGAAUAGAUCACUCUGUUAUCUGCCACCGGUUGGCCGUGAAGGAAGGAAGUCGACCGGUACGUCAGAAGAAGCGGUACCUGGCCAGUGACCGGCGAGACUUCGUCAAGAAGGAAGUGAAGGAUCUCCUCAGUGUUGGGUUCAAGAUCUACCAUGCAAUCGUCUUCAACUUCAAGCUGACGAACAAUGAGGCAGAAUAUGAAGCUCUGGCUGGAGGGCUCAGCCGCGUCAGUAUCAAAUCUGACUCUAGCCUGAUUGUUGGGCAAGUGACCGGUAACAUGGAAGCAAGGGAAGGACGCAUGACACAAUACAAGGAGCUCGUGCUCGCCCUGUUGAAAGGCUUCGAGGAAUUCAAGAUCGCCCAAAUUCCCCGGGCGGAGAACGCGGAUGCAGACCUUCUCUCCAAGUUGACGUAGUAUUCCCCCGAGCAUGUUUCGAAACUUGCCCGGGCGGAAAUCCUGGAUUGAGCCAGCAUCUAAAAAUUGGAAUUCGCCGCUAUAACAGCCGGAAGCCAAUCUGACCGGUCAAACCUGGUCGGGGUGGACGACCAUUGGAUGUAUGAUCUGAUGGAAUAUUUGAUGAAUGGGAGCUUGCCAGAACAAGAUGACCGGGCAAGAAAAGUGAAGCUCAGGG